GUACCCUGACAUCCCACACCCGUACGACGGAUUCCUCUUACCUGGCAUAGCCCUUGGCCCUGCAGGGUGCUGAUGCUGAUGCCUGAUGUGUGUACAUGUGGACUACCUCCAUGGAUGUGCUCGGCCCUUUCUACCUACCCACGAGACAGUAGCUUGUCUUCUGACUAUUUUCGACCUCAAUCGAAGGAUCUGGGGCAGCUCUGCGUAAGUACAUUAUUAAGGAGCUUAAACUUAAGACUGAAACUCCAUCGCUCAGAAUCCAUUCGGAAGACUUUUUUUGAGAGUUAUCCUCUUACGCUCCGUAUUAUAACGCAGAUUCCUAGAUGCAGGAGCCGUACACUACCAUAUUUUCGCGGAGUCAGUAUUGCAUUUUCAACGCUCUCGGAACAAGCUACUACUAUGACUUUCGCAAAUUGGCUCACUUGUAUCAUCUUCCGAAUCAAAUACUCCUUCACCAAUAUCGUGCUGUUAUUAAAAGUCCGACACGGCGCAGAAAUCACAUCCGCGUACGGUCCUCACUCCUGAGAUCGACAAGCCUUGAGAAAGUAGUUUCGGUGGCUGAAUAUA